AUGGCAUCUCUGGCCCCAUUCCACGCAUCCACACGAAAUCCCGCCUUCUUCCUGGCCUCUCCCCUAUUCCCUGCGCCUUCGCCCACGCAAUUCCCUCCUUCAAUACGCUCGCACUCAUGUCUGGACUACUUCUCCAGCACGGUUUCAAGCCGCGCCCCAGCACCCGGUCGGUCUCCCCAGUACCUACCUGGCUCAGGUCAGUCUCCCCAUCACAUGUCUCGCCCUAGUCAGUCUCCCCAGCACCUAUCUCGCCCCGGUCAGUCUCCCCAGCACCUAUCUCGCCCCGGUCAGUCUCCCCAGCACCUAUCUCGCCCCGGUCAGUCUCCCCAGCACCUAUCUCGCCCCGUCUCCCCAGCACCUGUCUCGCCCUGGUCAGUCUCCCCAGCACCUGUCUCGCCCCGGUCAGUCUCCCCAGCACCUACCUUACCCGGUCAGUCUUCCCAGAACCUGUAUUGCCCCGGUCAGUCUCCCCAGCACCUAUCUCGCCCUGGUAAGUCUCUCCAGCACCAGUCUCGUCCCGGUCAGUCUCCCCAGCACCUAUCUCGCCCUGGUCAAUCUCCCCAGCACCUAUCUCGCCCCGGUCAGUCUCCCCAGCACCUACCUCACCCGGUCAGUAUUCCCAGAACCUGUAUUGCCCCGGUCAGUCUCCCCAGCACCUAUCUCGCCCUGGUCAGUCUCCCCAGCACCUGUAUCGCCCCGGUCAAUCUCCCCAACACCUACCUCACCCGGUCAGUCUUCCCAGCACCUACCUCACCCGGUCAGUCUUCCCAGCACCUACCUCACCCGGUCAGUCUUCCCAGAACCUGUAUUGCCCCGGUCAGUCUCCCCAGCACCUACCUCACCCGGUUAGUCUUCCCAGAACCUGUCUCGCCCCGGUCAGUCUCCCCAGCACCUACCUCGCCCCAGUUAGUCUCCCCAGCACCUGUUUUGCCCUUGUCAGUCUCCCCAGCACAUAUCUUACCCAGGUCAGACUACCCAGUACCUACCUCGCCCCGUCAGUCUCCCCAGCACCUACCUCGCCCCGGUCAGUCUCCCCAGCACCUACCUCGCCCCGGUCAGUCUCCCCAGCAGCGGGCCCCGGCAGCGUGA